AUGUCGAUGAGCCCUAAGCAUACGACUCCUUUUUCUGUAUCCGAUAUCUUAAGUCCUCUUGAAGAGAGCUACAAAAAAGUGAGUAUGGAGGGGAACAACUUGGGGCCUCCUCUUGCCUCGUACAGACAACCCCAAGUCACGCAAGCGGCGAUGCAGCAGCACCACAUGGGCCACAAUGGAACAGUACCCGCUGCCUACCACAUGACUGCAGCUGGAGUUUCCCAGCUGUCACAUUCAGCCAUGGGGGGCUACUGUAACGGGAAUUUGGGCAACAUGAGCGACCUGCCGGCCUAUCAAGACGGCAUGAGAGGCAGCACGACGGCCACCAGCUGGUACGGAACGAAUCCCGACCCACGCUUCUCUACAAUCUCUCGUUUCAUGGGUUCCUCGUCUGGUAUGAAUAUGGGCAGCAUGAGCACGCUGAGUUCACUGGCGGAUGUUGGCAAAGGCAUGGGUCCGCUGACCAGCACGCCUCGCAGGAAGAGACGGGUACUCUUCUCCCAGGCGCAGGUGUACGAGCUUGAGCGACGCUUCAAGCAGCAGAAGUACCUCUCCGCGCCGGAAAGGGAACAUCUGGCCAGCAUGAUUCAUUUGACCCCGACUCAAGUUAAAAUUUGGUUUCAAAACCACCGAUAUAAGAUGAAAAGGCAGGCCAAGGAUAAAGUGUCCCAGCAGCAAAUGCAACAAGACAAUGGCUCCUGUCAGCAACAGCAACAGUCUCCACGGCGGGUGGCCGUGCCGGUGUUGGUGAAAGACGGAAAGCCAUGCCAAGGCAGCAGCCAUACACCCAACACUGGUGUACAAAACCACCAUCACCAGGGGGGAAACGUCAUGAUUAUGUCCAAUAACAGUUCUUCAAUGGGCCAGCAUCAAAGUCAGCAGGUAGGCAGCGCUGGCCAGUCCCCAGAUCUGGGUCAACAUGCUGCAAGCCCCCCAUCUCUCCAAACCCAGGUAUCCGGCCUGUCACACCUGAACUCUUCUGGUUCCGAGUAUGGAGCUGCCUUGCCCUGCUCCGCUCUGCUUUAUGGCAGGACAUGGUGA